CUGGUUCUAUGCUGAAGACGGGAAGCAGAGUCAAUAGCUGCACAACCUGCACCCGCCAUUCAUUGUUGGCACGCGCUUCUUUCAAUUGUUCGCUCCACAAUUCGAAUCAAUCUCUAAUCAAGCUAACAAUCCGAACCCUAAAACCCUAAUCCCACUGGUUUCCACCAAAACCCCUUUCACAUUAUCUACCAAUUCCCUAUCAGAUCCCCAAAUUCACAUAAAUCCUUAAGCUUUCAAUUCUCUCUAGGGUUUUAAGAGCUCUGUAACUGCAAAAAAGGAAGUGGGUACUCGUCAAAAUGCUGGGUGGGUUGUACGGAGACCUCCCUCCACCGUCUUCGGCGGAGGAAGAGAAACCCAGCAACACCACGGUGUGGUCGAGCAGCACCAAAAUGGCGCCGCAGACUCUCCGAAAACCCGCAUCCGUUUUCGCUCCACCGCAGACGAUUCUCAAGUCCCAAAACAAGCCCAAGCCAUCGAAUUUAGCCCAGCCCAAAAUUACAGCAUCAACGGUAAUUGCAACGUCGGUAAUACAAAAUGAUAUGGUGCAACCUGCCCUGGUGGGGGUCACGUCGACGGUGCUAGAGGAGUAUGAUCCGGCGAGGCCCAAUGACUAUGAGGAGUACAAGAGGGAGAGGAAAAAGAAGGCAAUGGAGGCUGAGAUGAGGCGAGAACUCGAUAGGAGGCGGCAAGAGGAGGAGGAGAAGGAGAGGAGAGAGAGGGAGGAAGGAAAGUUAGAACCAGAGCAUGCAAAAAAUACUAAAUACAACAUAUGCUUCAAGGACCCUUUAAGCCUGCCUAUAAUCAUGUCCUAAUUUUAAAAACCUCAAGCAAUGCCGGCAAUUCCAAGGUCGCCGUCUCCACCGAAUAAUGGAGAUGGUUUUACCAUUGGGAAGUCGGAGAGUGGCGGGUUGGGGUUAGGGGCUGGCGGCCAAAUGACCGCGGCACAGAGAAUGAUGGCGAAGAUGGGGUGGAAGCAGGGGCAAGGGCUUGGGAAGCAGGAGCAGGGGAUCACUACUCCCUUGAUGGCCAAGAAAACGGAUAGGAGAGCCGGGGUGAUUGUGAAUGCCAGUGAAACAAAGCCAGAGAAGAAGGCGAAGAGUGUCAGCCUUAAUGGGCCACCCACCAGGGUUUUGCUGCUUAGAAACAUGGUGGGCCCUGGCGAGGUGGAUGAUGAGUUGGAAGAUGAGGUAGCAUCAGAGUGUGCAAAGUAUGGGACAGUGACCCGGGUGCUUAUAUUUGAGAUAACGGAGCCAAAUUUCCCGGUGGAUGAGGCAGUGAGAAUCUUUGUGCAGUUUGAGAGGUCUGAAGAAACGACUAAAGCAUUGGUCGACCUUGACGGUCGAUACUUUGGAGGUAGGGUGGUUCGCGCCUCGUUCUAUGACGAGGAGAGGUUCGGCAACAAUGAGCUGGCUCCAAUGCCAGGAGAAAUUCCCGGGUUCACUUGAAUCACAGGGCAUCAAAUGCAAGUUGAUUUUCCCACAUUUGUAGACUUUACCGAGAAAUAAAGGGAGAGAUGAGGUUGGGAUGAUUUCGCAUUGCCAUUCAAGUUGCUA